AUGUCUCUUGAUAGAGAAGAACCUAAUUACUUUGGUGCUGGUCCAGCACAGUUGCCCACAAAUGUUCUACAGCAAGCUGCAAAAGACCUAAUCAACUUUCAAGGCCUUGGAAUCGGUGCUGGAGAGAUCAGUCAUCGUUCCGCUGCUGGUGUAGGAAUCGUCAACCAUACGAAGGAGUAUUUGAGGAAAUUGUGGCAGAUUCCAGUCACUCAUGAGGUUUUCUUUUUACAAGGAGGAGGUACCACUGGAUUUUCGUCAAUUCCUACCAACUUGUCUGCAGCUUUCGCCAAGAAAUCCGGUAAAAAGGGUAGACCUGCCUAUGUUAUUACUGGUAGUUGGUCCAAGAAGGCUUGUGAAGAGGCUGAGCGAUUAGGAUUCGAUAGUCAGGUUGUUGUGAAUGCAAAGACUGCAGACGGGAAAUUCGGCGACAUUCCGGAUGUCGAUAAGUGGACUAUUCCUGUUGCUGAAGACACUCCAUAUGUCUAUUACUGCGAUAAUGAGACUGUUCAUGGAGUGGAAUUCCAAGAGUUCCCUUAUGAAAAGUUCCCUGGAGUUGAAAUUGUCGCAGAUAUGUCGUCAAACUUCUUGUCGAAACCGGUAGACUUUUCAAAGUACGGUCUGGUGUUUGGUGGUGCCCAGAAAAACGUUGGUAUUGCUGGUGUUACCAUCUAUAUCAUCAAAAAGUCCCUUUUGGACUAUCCUUCCGUAAAAGAAUUGAGGAAGUUAGACAUCCCUAUCACUCCAAUUGCCUUUGAUUAUCCAACUGUGAUCUCUAAGGACUCUGCUUACAAUACCAUUCCGACUUUUGCUGUUCAUAUCAUCGAGUUGGUUCUUGAAAAUUUGAUUAAGAAGGGAGGUAUUGAGAUACAACAACAAGAGAACGUCAAAAAGUCCGACUUACUCUACUCAACGUUAGAGAAGUACCCAACUUUUUAUCAUCUACCUGUGACCAAGCGUGCCAGAUCUAGAAUGAAUGUUGUGUUCACCAUCAAGGAUGGUUCUUUAGAUGCCGAAUUCUUGAAGGAGGCUUCUGAUGUCAAAUUGACCGGUCUCAAAGGUCACAGAUCUGUUGGUGGUAUGAGGGCUUCGCUUUACAAUGCUGUAACACUUCCGUCAGUGCAGUUGUUGGCUGAUUUCGUCGAUAAGUUCGCCAAAGCUCACCAGUAA